GCAAACUCUUUUUUUUUUGAAGGACAUUCAAUGUUUCCAGUCAGUCAGAGUGUUUGGCUGGUCAGGUAGCUUGCAAGAUCAUCAGUAUUAUCAAGAGUACUCUUGGUAUUAUUAUGCAUAAUACGCAUAGGCAGGCUAUUUGUUGCAUGAAUCCCUGAUUUCUGUGCAGUCUUGAAGGUUGUUUGUUCAACAUUAAAGCGAGGUGGAGAAGUUACAUGCAGCGUUUUCCUUUGACGCCACUGACGAACCAUCCCAAUCAAAAGGACUCGACUUUACUCCUUUGCCACCUGUGAAAGCAGUUGACAUACUCAAUUUAGACUUUGGACCGCCCGUUCGUGAGAAUGUCAAAGCGGUCAUGGAUCAACGAGUCCUCCCGGGACUUCCCUGACCCUAAACGGAUCAAGAAAGAGGGAAUUAGCGAACAGGACCCUCCGUCAUCGAGAGUGAUCCAUUGCCGCAACGUACCAGAUGGCUGUAGAGAAGGUGACUUAGUCGGCGCUGUUCAGAGUUUCGGAAGGGUAACGUAUGCAACUAUGAUGCCGAAAUCUCGCCAAGCACUUGUGGAGUUUGAAACUACAGAGCAAGCGGUUGCUCUUCGAGACUUUGCUACACAAAACGAACUUCCCGUCUUGGGCAGACCGGUUUUCUUCAAUUUCUCUGUCAGCCAAAGCAUUAAAAGGUUCCCGCAAGAUCUACAGAAUAGCGGUCCGAAUGAACGGCCAACUCGCUAUGAUGCGUACGAGGCAGGGAAUUUUGAGGCCAGUGCUCGUUCUGGUGGCGGCGGCGGAGGAUCUGGUGGGGCCGGUGCUGGCCCCGCAGAAGAGCAGUUCUACGGCGGCGCUACCUACGGUGGGCCACGCCAGGAGCGCCCCCACCGUGAGUACGGGCCCAACAAAAUCCUCCUGCUCACCAUCCUGAACCCGCUGUAUCCGAUCACGGUCAAUGUCCUGCACACUAUAACCCGGGAACACGGCCAAGUGCAGCGCAUCGCUAUCUUCCACAAAACCGGCAUCCAGGCACUGGUCGAGUUUGCCUCCGUCGAGCAAGCCGUCAGAGCCAAGCAAGAACUGGACGGUGCUGACAUCUAUGCCGGCUGCUGCACCCUGAACAUUGAGUUUUCUAAGGCCGACCGUGUCAACGUUGCAGCUAAUAACGACGAUUCAUGGGACUUUACUGGUGGCUCAUCUGAUCAAGGUGCACCGCCAAGACGCACUCUACAGCCAACCCCGGCUGGCAGACAUGAGGAGUACGCUGGUGGCCGAGAUGAGCGAUACUAUGAUGAAGGUCGAGGUGGAAACAAUUACCGUGGGGAUCGUGAUGCUGGUCACUAUGGUGGUGGUGGCCGCGGCGGUGGUGGUGGUGGCCGCGGUGGUGGUGGCGGCGGCAGUCGAGGUGGUGGUGACGGUGGUUACGAGGAGGACUACCGGCAGGGUGGCUAUGACGAGAGUGCUGGUCAGGGUGGUGCCGUGCUCAUGGUCUACAACCUGGAUCCCGACAGGAUCAACUGCGAUCGCCUGUUCAACAUCUUCUGCGCGUAUGGCAACGUGUCCAGGAUUAAGGUGUUUGUAAAGAAGACCGGUGCUGCUAUGGUUCAGAUGGACCGCCGGGAGGGUGCUUUGAAUGUUGUUAAGCUGCUGAAUGGUGCACAGUUCAUGGGCAAGGAGCUGCAGAUCAGCUUUUCUCGUCAUGACACGAUUCAGGACCGUGGCCUUGUUGGACAGCUUCCAGAUGGUACACCAGCUGUUUGUGAUUACACAAACUCCAGGAACAACAGAUUCAUGUCACCGGAGCAAAGCCGCAAGAACCACAUGAUCAAUCCUACCCGUGUGCUGCACUUCUUCAAUGCGUACAAUGAGGUCACAGAGGAUGAUCUUAGCAAGAUUUUCUCAGCAGCUAAAGCUCCAGUGCCAGCUAGAGUGACUAUUUUCGACAAGAAAGGAGGUCCUACAUCUCGUGUCACUGGACUUGUGGAGUAUUCAGACGCAGGUCAUGCACUGGAAGCCAUGGCUUUGUGCAACCACGUGACUAUCCAUGCUCCAAAUGGACAAGGUUUCUUGUUCAAGUUGGCAUUUUCUCAGUCCCAUCCUAAGACGUCGAAUGAAGAUUCCCGACACUAGCGCCGUUUCUCUUUGAUCAACGUAGGCCAGUUGGUGCUUGGCCUUUUAUGUUUCCGGGAGUCGUGUGGUGUGCUUUACCUCUUGCUGGUAUUCCGCUCUUUUUUCGCCUGAUGCACGUCUGCUUGUGUGUACCUGCUAUGAAUGCACAAUGCGAUGAUGAGCACUGGUGUUGAACCUGUGCUGUGUGUAUGUGUGUGUGUAUGUGUGUGUGUGCCGUGUUGUGCAUAGACCUGUGGAUACUGUGUUUGUUUGUUUGUGUGCAUGUGUGUGUGUGUGUAUCAUAGCUGUGCAUCUGUGCACAAUUUAGGUGCAACUCCAUCAUUUAGUGAUAGCAGCGACACUGCUAACAGCAUUCACCCUUGUACAGCCAACAGUAGCAGCAGCAGCAGCAGCAGCAGCAGCAGUAGCAGCAGUCCACAAAUGGCCACGACGUGUCCAUGUAACUAGUACUAGUCACGCUGUAGUGUACAAAGUGUACAGUAAACACUUGACACUGGCAUGCACUGGCAGUGUUUGAAGCAUGUCCCAUGACUGUAUUCAUGUACUUCAACAAGUGCUAAGUAACUUAGAGGUCAUUACUAAGGAACGCACUUCAACUCUCCUACAGUGUAUGGCUUUUUGUGUGGUAUUCCUUUCCUUUUCGCCUGUUUUUUACUAUACCGGUGCUUGUAUGUAUUCUACUACAGUGUAUAGAAUACUAUGGACGUACUCCCGGCUCGCUUUGUGUUAUGUGUGAUGUAGACGUAGCACUAUGUCAUGUUUUUACCCCAGUUCUGUUUUGCUGUGGACUAAUGCGAUGCUGCUGGACUCUCUGUGUUUCCAACUAUUAUUGUACAGUGUACCAUGCUGUACCGGCCAUGUACAGUGUACCAUGCUGUACCAGCCAUGUUGCUGUGCUUCUCA